CCGCCAUUGCCAUUGUGUCUUGUGUCGUUGUCGCAGUCACAAGUCACAGUGUCCAUUUCGCUUAUUUUUUUGUUUAUUUUUGAUAAUAUUUUGCUUGUUAUUUUAUUUAAUUCAUCGAAAAAAGAGCCAGAGCCCCAGCAGAAUAUUGUUGAUGUAAAGUUAUUAUAGACAAAUAAAAACAAGUUCUGGUUCUAAGCAAUCUGUGGAUAGUGGCGUGGCCGAGUGGCGUGGGUGUAAUACAAUACACAACCAUAUUUUAGUCGGGCGGGAACACAUUGGAUUUUAGUGGUUUUUAUUAGUUUUGUUUAAAUAAUUAUUCGUCAUGGCAUCUCCAAAAACGUGGACUGUUGUGUGCUUCUGUUCGGAUAAUGCUGUCCAGGCAGUCCCAACAACAUGGAUAAAUGGAGACACUUGUCUUUGGCCUGCCUUACCACGUGAAAAAUUGAAUAACGCAUUAAAGAACUGCGAAUACAAUAGUUGUUGGCCCAUGCAUAAAGUGCGAAUAUUUCGGGAUUCAACUUAUGAAGACUAUGCAACAGCGAGAACGAAGGCAGCGAAAGCUGAGUACAGCAGUGACCUAAAUUCAGAUCCUGACGUAAGAAGAUCCAGAAAAAGACGAACGUUCACUUCUUCGGAAUCAGAAGACGAGAGCAGGAUAAAGAAAAAGCCGAAAAAAAAAGCUAUAAAUCUACCGACACCUCCAUCGUGGAAUAUGCCUACAGUGCUGUUAGACUAUGAGGAUAUGAACAAUACAAUUGAUACAAAUGGUAGUUUUAUUAGAGAGAGUAUGGAAAUUACCGCUGGCGCAGCCAAUUUCUCAGGCGCAAAUUUAAAAGAAACUGAGGAUGUUUCUGAAAUAACGGAUGAUAAACAUAAUUGCAAACGCAAUUCACAAAUACUCUACAACAUACAGAGCCUGUUAAUAGAGGUCAAUGAAAGACUAAUAGAGGUCAAUAAUAAAUUGUCUGCCAAUCCUCAACAGUCAUUGGAAGGACCAUCAGUGGACGAUGUUUUAGAAAGAAUUUCUAUAGAGCUGCCAGUGGAUAGUGAAGAAAAACUAGAAAAUCUAGAACAAUUUUUGGCAUCUACCGAAAAUUAUAAAUCUUUGGUCCAAUAUUUUGCCAAGAUGGGAGGCAUUAAUCUGUGUGAUUUUGUGAAAAGAUGUUUGGGCCCAAUAAUGUCAGACUCGAUGGCAAUGGCCUAUUCUUUUAUAGGCAGAAAAGGGAAAUUGAACUUUUCAAAGCUACAGCUUUCAAAAGCAGUUAUUGAAUCAUCUGAGAGAACUGGCUUACAAAAAACAAGGAAGGAGACAGAAUAUGCUGUAGCCUUGUGGCUAAGAAAAUCCAAGGAAAGAUGCAUGAAGAGAAUAUAAGACAUUUUUUUUUAUAAUUUAGAUGUGCAAUAUAUUUUUAUGUGCAAUAAAACUGUUUAUAUUUA